GUAGGCGUUCUUCUCUUCGUUUCACGUACCGUUGAGCGUGUGCUUGCUAAUCGUCGUUCAAAAGAUUAAAAUAUAAAUUUAGAAAGGAUUAAAGACGUUUGCAUACAGAGAUAAUGGCAGCGACGAUGAGAUGUCUUACGAGGUUCAAUGUGGGACUGGCAAACCAUACUCUUCUGAGGAAUAACUUCCUCAAUUCUUGCAGAUUCUUAUAUUCGGACAAGAGCCUGGGUCUGCAAGGCUACGAAAAUGCACGAUUGAACUUUCGCAAUCAGUUUUUAAAUGUGGAAAAUACAUUCCGCAACAAAAUGGAAGAAAUAUGCAAUACAGACUCAGGUAUGAUCUUCACAGAAGAUCUAAAGUCUAUGUUGCAUUUAGCUCAGAAAACUUCUGAAGACAUUGAGUUACUUGUCAAAAUGUUGAAAAAAUUUAACAAUCAAACCAAGGAGAUGAGAUUUGGUACUUUUAUCUUUGGUCCUGUAGUGAUGCGUACCCUGUAUUACUUGGAUGAACCAGAUCUUGCAUUCACUGCUUUCAAGGAUCCUAAGUUUGAGAAUUUUUUUGAUCAAUUAAUCAGUUACCAGAUUCUUUUAUCUCUGUUAUAUAAGCAUGGAAAGUACACAGAAAUGAGAGAAAUAUAUGAGAUAAUUAAAAACAAAGACCUAAUAGGUGGAUAUCCUAGAAAUUCUUUAAUAUUGGUUAUGGCAGCAUGUUAUAAGGAGAAUACACCGGAGACAUUGCAAUAUGCCUUGAACAUCUGGAAAGAAUUAGAUGAGAAAGGAUGCAUAAUCAUGCGUAGAGCUACUGCAUUUUUAGCAGCUUUAGCCAUUAAGCAGAAUUCGCCUCAUAUAGCAAUAGAAAUCUUAAGUACUUUGAGAGAGACCAGAUAUAUUCAGAUAAGAUGUCUAAAAGUUUUAGCCUACACAGAUUUGAAGAGGUUUACUGAGAUAGUGCCUAUAUUUAGAGCAUCAUUGGAACAUGAUAGACCCAAUGUACAAAAAGAAGGUUAUUUCAAAGAUGUGAUUGAAAAAUUGGAAGAGGUUAUGGCACAGGAGAAUAUCCCUGAAGAUUUUGAACUUUACAAGUUGAUUACUUUAUUGAAAAAGGACGAGCACAUCUUACCUAAUAUUUUGGAAGAUCAUAUCUGCGCGGAAAUAACAAUUGAUAAAUCGAGAUUUGACAGAAAGAGACUUGAUACACGAUUUAAUUGGUCGGAACGUCCACGACCGUUUGCGCAUAAUAAUAGUAGACCAGCGUUGCGGGAUCUUUUGUAAGUAUGUUUAUGGAAACAUUUCCAUACAGAAGUUGUAGAAUAUGUCUCAUAUAACCCGCUGAUUAAUUUAUCUGGGACAGAUUUAAAAUAAAUAAAAAUUAAACCAAUGAUAAUAAAUAAAUAAA